AAUUUCAAAGCCACCCUUUUUGUUCCUCCUCGGUCUUUCUUUCCUCCAUUUUCUUCCCUCAGUUCAUACAUGUCUUUAGUCCUCUAAAUUUUUUGCAUACUACAAAAUCAAUGGAUUCAAUCAGACCUUCUCCAGCUCCAUCAAAAAACAAACUAGCCAAGAAAUUCCAGAAAGUUAUUCAUCUGAAAACAGCCACAAAAAACCGCUCAAACAAUGCCUUUUGUUUGCUAAUACCUCAAGAAAAGCUCAAAUGUUGUGAAUCCCAACAGUUUGAGAAAGAAGAGAUUGAAGAUGCUGCAAAAGAGUCAAAGAACAGAGCUGCAAUGGAAGCCUUCAUUGCUAAGCUUUUUGCUACAGUUUCAUCUGUUAAGGCAGCUUAUGCUGAGAUACAAAUGGCUCAGUUUCCUUACAAUGGUGAAGCUAUUCAGUCUGCAGAUCAGGCUGUUGUCGAUGAGCUGAAAGCUCUGUCUGAGUUAAAACACAGUUUCUUGAAGAAACAGAUUGAUGCUUCACCCCCUCAUGUGACUUUAAUGCUGGCUGAGAUUCAAGAACAGCAAUCUCUGAUGAAGACUUAUGAGAUUACCAUGAAGAAAAUGCAGAAUGAAAUUGAAGGAAAAGAGGCCCAAAUUUCUUCCCUUCAACGAGAGCUGAAUGAGGCCAUACAGAACAACAAGUCCCUUGAGAAGAAGAUCAAUGCAAGUGGAUCUUUUUCUAUUCUUGACAAUGUUAAGUUCUCUGAGGCUAAUUCUAAAGACUUCAUCAUGGUUUUGCACUAUGCAUUGAGAUCCAUACGUAAUUUUGUGAAGCUGAUGAUUAAAGAGAUGGUGUCUGCCAAUUGGGAUGUUGAAGCUGCUGCAAAUUCAAUACAACCUGAAGUCAAUUUUGUCAAGAAGGAUCACAAAGGUUUUGCAUUUGAAUCUUUUGUCUGCAGAGAAAUUUUCAGCGGUUUCAAUGAUCCAGGCUUUGCUGUUCAACAUGAGAAUCAACCUUGGCCUAAUGGGGGGUAUCAAAAAAGGCUUUUCGUUUUUGAUCAAUUCAAGAAAGUGAAGUCAGUGAGUGUUCUUCAAUUUCUGAAGCACAAUCCCAAUUCUUUUCUCGGGAAAUUCUUGAAGUCCAAGUACCUCCAGCUGAUUCAUCCCAAAAUGGAAUUCUCAUUUUCUGGGAAUUUGAAUCAGAGAAAAUUAGUAAAUUCUGGUGAAUAUCCAGAAACUGAAUUCUUCAAGGCAUUUGCUGAGAUGGGAAGAAGAGUUUGGCUUUUGCACUGCUUAGCUUUCUCAUUUGAUCAUGAAGUCAGCAUUUUCCAAGUGAAAAAGAACUGUAGAUUCUCUGAAGUGUACAUGGAGAGCGUGACAGACGACAUUUUUACUGCAGCAGAUGGUGAUUUUCGGGUGGUUUUUACGGUGGUUCCAGGGUUUAAGGUUGGCCAAACAGUGGUGCAAAGCCAGGUAUACUUAUCUCCGGCCAGGUCUGCUGCCAACAGUUAAAAUGCAGUUUUAGUUUUUAUCCAGCUUCUAAUACUAUGUACAUGGUUAAGAGGUAAGAUAGGCAAGCAAGUUGGCGUUACAUGCCCUGGUAAGAUGGCAGAAGAGCCUAGUGCACUUUUCUGCUAGUGGCAGAGGGCUCACCUCAAAAUGUGCACAAAGUUGAAUUGGGAUCCUCCCUCUAUGGCAGUGCUUUAUCUUAGGUUCAAUUUCCAGCAAAAGAGGAAUGUGACAGUAUGUGAAUCUUUAGAUCAACUUUGAUAGCAUAAGCACCAGAGUUUGGCAAAUUAGUGGUAAAGAUAGGCUAGAGUAGGGCCAUAAAUAAAAGUAAUUGUAAGAAUAAAAGAUAUCAAGAUUGAGUAAUCUCACACCUGAAUUAAUUUAUCCUACAAUUUAGUUCAUGUAUGCAAUGUAUUAUAGCAUAACUUAUCUGCAUUUUACUUCAC